GGGUGGUGGCGCCAUCGGCGGUGGGACCCGGGAGCCGCUACGGGAGGCGUAGACGACGACCGGGGAGGAGAAGAAGAAGAAGAGGAAGAUUAGGCACGAGCAGGAAAAGAAUAAUUAGCGAGCGCCCGGGUGGUGUACCCAUCUGUAUUCAUCAUUUCCGCGAUUCCACCCUCUCUCUCUCUCUGCGGCCGCGCCAUCUCUAUCCGGGCUCAAGGGUGUGGCCGGGGGGCGACGAACGCCGCUCUCUCUGCCUUCCUCCUUGACCGAUCGCUCCCUUCUGACCGCCUUAAUAUUCUGGAAAGAUCGGUUCUUGCCUUCUUGGGCUGCUUCAGGGGCGUGGGAGAGGUUUGGGGUUGGUUCAUCUCGCGGGCUUGGGCGGCGGGAGGAGGAGAGGGGUUUUGCUUUGUCUCCUGUUCCGACUCUCCGGUUGAUUCCUCCGACUGAGUUCAGGGGGAGUUCUUCAAUCAGGAAGGUCUUGACUCUCGACGAGGAGUUCAAGGUUCUUGGAUUAAAGAUUGGCAGUCAUUCAUCGUGGAUGGAGAAUAGGAACAAAGAAGAUAUGGGUCCAUCCCAGCGUAAUUCUUGCCCUAAGGUUCACAGCUCAAUGUGCAGUGAGCUGACAAUGAUGUUAGAUAAAGUCUCCUCUAUUCUUCCAUUAAUUGAGGCAGCUCGACCAGGAUGUAAAGCAGGUAUACAGGAAUUAUGCAACCUAUACAAUAUAGUUGAGAAAGGGAAACUCAUAAUUCAGCACUGCGUUGAAUGUAGCAAGCUCUACUUGGCUAUUACUGGAGAGGCGAUUGUAUCUCGGUGUGAAAGGAUCAGAGACUCACUUAGGCGGAGCUUGUUCCUGAUUGAGAACAUGGUCCCACCAGCACUAGCUAAUCAGAUUGUUGACGUCCAUGAUGAUCUUGGGGACAUAAAAUUUGUUAUUGAUCCCACAGAAGAAGAGGCUGGCAAAACCAUUUUAGAGAUGCUUCGGCAAUCUGAUGUGACUGAAGAACUUGAACUUGAGACAUUCCUGCAGGCAGCUUCAAACUUAAACCUGACAUCUCCUAAAUCUAUGCUAAUUGAACGAAGGGCUAUCAAGAAACUGCUUGACAAGAUUAGCGGUACUGAUCCCAAAAAGGAGGGAGUUCUUAAGUUCCUUCUAUACCUUGUUAAAAAGUAUGGAAAAAACAUCAAACCAGAAACUGGUGAGCGGAAUGAAAACAUGCAAUCUGAAAGCCAGUCUUCGACUCCAAGCUCAAGUUUUGUUAGUGAUACCAGCACUCCUGGAAAGUGGUACACACCCACAGACAUCCAGAGGAAUGAGGAUCAGACUAGUAUGUCAGGAGCAGCCACACCACCUGCAGAGUUCUGUUGCCCAAUAUCAACAAAGUUAAUGCGUGAUCCUGUCAUAAUAACAUCUGGGCAGACUUAUGAAAGAGAAAAUAUUGAGAGAUGGUUUAGGGAGGGAUAUGAUACCUGUCCCAGGACACAUAUAAAGCUAGAAAAUUUCGCGAUGAUUCCAAAUACUUGCAUGAGGGACCUCAUUUUCAAUUGGUGCAAAGAGCAUGGUUUCAUAAUCUCAGAUAUUCUCCCUCCAUCCAAAAAUGCAUACAGUUACUUGCCGGAGCAAUUGCAUGGUUACUCCAUGUCAAGUCUGCACAAUGUUUCAGUACCUCUAAUUGCUGGAAAAGUCAGGGAUUUUGUGAUUGACCAUAGCACUUCAUCUGUUGCAUUAUCUGAGGCCAGUUAUAUGUCAGAUUCAUAUCAUGUGCGGGACAUGGAGGAACCGAAAGAUAGUUUUUCUCAGUUCUCUUGGAGUGCGGACUAUCAAGAGUGUUUGUCUUUUCGCAACUUCAACCAGGACAAGUUCCUAAGGUUCUUUUACGAGCUGUCGAAGCUCCCAUUGGAACUCCAAGACAGGUCCAUUGGUGAUUUGAAGAUCAUUCUCAAUGAGGAAAAUGAGGCUUCAUGUGCUAUGGUUUCCAAUGGAUUUGUAGAGGCAUUCUUUGAUUUCUUAAUGAAUGAAGAUGGAAGCUACAGUAUGCAAGCUCAGAAAGUUGGAUUUCAGUUCUUUCGUGUUUUUCUUUCCAAUAGCAGGACUAAUAUUCUACACAUGAAUGAAGAAGCAUUCCGUCUAUUUGCAUCCUUUAUUGAUUCUGAGUUAAAAACCGAAGCUUUGCUGACACUUCACGAGCUGGUUCAACACCUGAGUUGUCGACAAUCCCAUUUGAUGGCCUCUAUUAUCACUCCUUUAUUGGAGUCUGAAGAUGCCGAGGGUCUCAAGCUUUGCCUGAAGAUUGUCUGCAAUCUUUCAUCUGAUUCGGAUGUAAAACCAUACCUAAUUUCACUGGGAAUUGUCUCAAGAUUGUCACCCAUUCUUUCUGAAGGAACCUUUGCUGAGUGUUGCUUGGAGAUUUUGCGGAACCUGUGUGAUGUGGAAGAAGCCACAGUGCUUAUUACAAAAACUGAUCGAUGCCUUGGUUCCGUUGCAGAAUAUCUGGACACUGGAAGCCCUAAAGAACGAGAGCAUGCAGUGGUUAUCCUUUUAGCAGUAUGUUCCCAUAGUUCUGAGGAUUGUUUACUUGUAAUGAAGGAAGGUGUAAUCCCUGCCCUUGUGGACUUGUCAGUAAAUGGAAUUGAUGAAGCAAAAGGUUGUUCAAUGAAGCUACUUCAUCUUCUCAGGGAUCUGAGGCGAACCGACCAGUUGAACAACUCAUGUUCACAAGAAGUGGUUGUCACAGAUGUAGUGGAGGGUCCUCCUGACAGUUCAAUUCACAAGCAGCCAAUACCAAAGUCAUCUCGUUUUUUCCAAAGAAAGUUGAACAUUUUCUCAAAGCCCCGGUCACUUACGCUAUUCUGAAAACUGCGCCAGGAUGAUUCAAGGUGGUGCCGGCUCCUAUCCCGUUGGAUCCUUACGGAGAGAGGGGAGGAGGAAGAAGGAGAGGAAAAGAAAUAGGGGGCGUUGAGGAAGAGAAGGAUCCUUAUGGAGCUUAUGGAGAGAAGUAGGGGCACCGAGGAAGAAGAAGGUGAGCCUCCCUUUCAUAUUAAUCCUGUAAAUGACGGUUAUCUAAAUAUAAUCUUUUUCCAUGUUAUAUCAAGGAUAUACAAACAACCCAUACAACAACACUCUUUUAUAGUAAUCUAGAUUUAUUUCGAUAAA